CUUGAAUUGAAAUAAUUAAGACCUAAAAGAGAAUAAUGACCUGCAGAUACAUCUUCAUCAUCGUAACCGUCCUGGUGCUUUCUGGUCUUUUGACAGAUGCUCGAGCCGUUGGAAAUGUGAAAAUCGAUCUGCGUUGCAAAUGCAUUGGAACAGCAUCUGCCUUUAUUUCUCCAAAGCACAUGAAGAACUUGGAAAUCAUACCACAUGGAUCACAUUGCCACAAAACUGAAAUCAUUGCUACUCUUAAGAAUGGAAUAAAAACAUGUUUGAAUCCAGACUCAAACUGGGUGAAGAAGAUGCUGAACAAGAUUACACAAUGAAACGAAGAUCACUGAGAAAACAUCGACAAACACAGCCAUUCUGAACUUGUUCACCACGUUUACCUUUACUGCCAUCAAUUAUACCAGGCUGAUGGAAAUUCAUCUCAGAGAAUGGUGCUAGAAAUUCUUGGAAAAGAACCAAGUAUUUAAUUUCUUGUUUUGAAUGGCCAAGCACUGCAUGUGAUUUAUUUGCAUCUGAGGUGUAAUGGUUGGGGCUCAGGGAAAUGGUUCUCGUGUUUUGCCAGCCUGUCAAACAACCUGAAUUCCAUCAGCCCCCAACUCAAAUCCCCCAGGAUCCUUGACUAUUUGUAGUUCCUGGGUUUAGUAGUGUGGAGUGAGCUGGUGAGAGGGGUUACAGGUUUGUCUUGCACAAUUGCAGAUCAGCCUGCCAUUACUUUCAUUUGCAACAUGUUCAAAAAUAUUCAUGUGUGCUUCAAAUACAUUUUGCUAUUGAACUUUGCAUCUCAGUUUUCAAAAAAAGAAAAGAAAAACAUGGGAUAGUCAAUCAAACUGUCUCGAAUUGCUUCAACAGUGCAUGCGAUGAGGUAAUGCGAUAAAAGAUAUUUGCAUAACAAGGGCUCAGAAUAUCUGCCCAGACUAAAUUUUAUUAUCGUGUUUGAACUAUUCCCCAUAAUCACACUUGUAAUUUGCCACUAGUUUACUGCUUAGCAAAGAAAAAGCAAAGUGAAAUUAUGAUUAUUUCAACAAAUAUUUCAACAAUUUUGCACAGAGGUGUUUGACACUAUUUUGCUUUUGCUGUUUAAGUCAAUGAAGGUACAAUGAGCUGUUACUACGUUAGCAAGUACUCACUCUGAAUGAUCCACUCAACAACACUUGAGUCACAUUCAGCAGCAACAGAAAUGUACUCAUUUAUUUUAUGUUACUUAAGUAUACUUUAAAAUAUUUAGCUCCAUGUGUAUUUAUUUAUUAUUUACCUUUGUAUAAUCCAUGGUCAUUUGCGCUUUUAAUUAUUUAAUGCCAUGUAUUAUGAUGAU